AUGGCCGACUCUUCGUCUUCGAGCUUGAAAGGCGAGAACAGGUCACGCCGCUCCUGGACAAUCUCGGCCGAAUCAAGUGCGAUGGAGAGCAAUGGUCGGUCAUCUCCAGACCCCAUGCUCGAGAGGCCAAAAACCCAGGGCGGAGAUAUGGCGGAUCCCAACAGGGCUGGUCCCAGUGGAUUCUCAAAGCUACUCGAGGCGCGUCGGAGGCGGAAGCAGAAUAAAAAGAAUCAACAGCAAGCCAAUGAACCUCCAGUGCCGAGUGUUAUUCUGGAAAACGACCUACAUAAAAGCCGGUCCAACGAGUCUCGGGAUGGAACCUCCGUGGGCACGUCGUCUAUUGGUGAUAGUUUUCCGCCACUGGAGAGUGAAGGUGUUAAUUUGUUGACCGAUGAUUCUGAGCUGGAUGGGACUCCACCUCUCACGUCACAUAACUCUCAUACUGGAUUUUAUACCUCGUCCUCACCAUUGAUCAAGACCACAUCGGUAGAUGCAUCAGAACUGGAUGGCUCUCAUGCGGAUACCGAGUCAGUUGUCAGCGGCUCAAGCGCCGCUGGAUUGGAAUCGAACCACGAUAGAAUGCCCAGACGCCCAACGAUAUCGAGUAUGACAUUGGACGUACCAACGGACUCGAAUGGGAAGAAACGCAGUCCAUCCCCCGGAAGACGCCUCAAAGGUGCAUUUACAGCAGACAAAAAAGCCGCCAAUGAUGAUGUCGAGACCGCAUCAGUCAAGUCCGGGAGCAACAAGAGCGGGCGGAAUCUGUUUGGAGGCAAUCGACGAGGCAGUAUUUCAUUGAAGCGGGCUCAAACGAGUUUCGAGAAUAUCUCUCCUUUGCCUGCGCCCAUUCGUACCGAUCUCACAGAGAACAAGCCUCGUUCGCUUGAAGCUAGCCCCAUGCCGAACACCCCACCUCAUACCGCUAUUCCUGCGCCGGCAACAACCGUCACACCACCCACUCCAACCGAGUACCGCCCGCUUAGUGCGCAGAUAUUGUCCGAUAAGGUAACCGACUCACCCGAGUCUAUACAAUCUAAAAAUUCUGUAUCCCCUGGAGUCACCACCGUGAGCCCCUCGGGAAACAUGAUCUCACACCGCCGAGUGCGGUCCGCCUCUGCAGCUCAUGGGCCAAGCAAAUUGUCCAACUCAGUCUCCGCACUGACACCACUCGACGAAAAAGCUUCAGGGGCAAAGAAUCCGACUUCGAACCAGCAAACUGGCUUUUUCUCCUCCGUGUUUUCGGUUGCGCAGAACGCGGCCACUUCUUUCAGCAACAGUCUCAACGCACAACAAAGGAAUCGUCAAAAUUCCCAUAACAUUACUGCUGAGGUAGAUAAAUCCAUUAACGAGUCUACAGAGGAAGGCGAAAGAACAUCAGAUAGUGGCAGCAAGAUUGCAGAAGGGAGGCCAUCUGCUCUGGAGACCCUUGGAGCAGGAGAUCUGAGUUUCAGCCAUCUAGAUAUUGAUGCUCGACCCGGCGAGUCAGUCACGACUGCUGACGGUGUGGUAAUUACGAAGCCGGGAGUUCCCGCUGACAAGCGUAAGAACGCCGCUGUUUACCGACGAGAUGAGGAGGCUGCCAAACUUGAAGACCAACGAGCAGCACGUGCUGUUCAAGUAGCUUAUGAAAGACCCUCGGAGGUUUCAAUGGUAGGCACUCCUGCAGAGGACGCCCUGGAGAUCCAGUCUACCACCUCUCUUCCAAAGGACGGCCCAAUCCUUGGUGAUCAGACUCCCCCAAGCGGCAGUGUCCUUGAUGGUGACCUGAGCGGGGGCCCUCGGCGGACUGGCAGUGUGCGUAGCAGACUUGCUCGGCGCCAUCGGGGUUCCUCUGGGGCCACAACCUCGACAGUUGGAGCGAUUGGCGUGAAUGCCGUUGGACUGGGUGUCCCUGGCGUCAACUCUAGUAUUCCUCGAUUGACUGGCUUUGCGGUUGCAAGUAAAAAGCGCAACAGGGACUUCCACCAGUUGUUCCGGAGUGUACCGGAGGAUGAUUAUCUUAUUGAGGAUUAUAGCUGUGCCUUGCAACGUGAGAUCAUCCUUGCCGGCCGCAUCUAUAUCUCUGAAGGGCAUAUCUGUUUCUCCAGUAAUAUUUUGGGCUGGGUCACUACGCUAGUGAUUAGCUUCGAUGAAGUCGUUGCCAUUGAAAAGGAAAGCACUGCCGUGGUGUUCCCCAAUGCUAUUGCUAUUCAGACGCUCCACGCGCGUCAUACUUUCCGAAGUUUGCUCAGUCGUGAGUCCACAUAUGAUCUAAUGGUCAAUAUCUGGAAAAUCAAUCACCCCACCAUCAAAAGCUCUGUGAAUGGAACACGUGUGACCGAUGGUACGGGUGAUAAGACAGAGAAGAUUGGGGAGGACGAGAGUGAAUGCGAGAGCGACGUCUCCGAUGAAGAUGAGAUAUACGAUGAGGACGAGGAAGAGGACGCCGAUAGCUUCUUUGAGGCUGGUGGCAGUGCUAAUGCCAGUGUCACCUCGUUGCCAGUACGCGGAGGAUUAAACCGCAAGGCUUCAAAUUUAUCUGCAAAUGCAGCCGCACCUGCAGCCGGCACAGCUGCCGAUAGUGACAAAAAGAACGGCGACAAGGGUGCUUCCAAGGAUGCACCUUCCGACUUCCCUGGCCCGGCUACGCAUGGGCCUACCGAAUACACCGACGCCAACGGACAGUACGAAAGACUCAUCAAAGAUGAAACCAUCCCGGCACCACUUGGCAAGGUCUACUCUUUGGUUUUUGGUCCAGAGUCUGGCGAUUUCAUGACAAAGUUCCUUGUCGAUAGCCAGAAAUGCGGCGAGCUACAAUUCGAGGGAACAGCGAAAGGCUUGACAACUGAAAGUCCAACCAGGAAGUACUCAUAUAUCAAGCCUCUCAAUGCGCCCAUUGGCCCCAAGCAGACCAAAUGUAUCAGUACCGAGACCAUGGACAUUUUGGAUCUUGAAAAGGCCGUCCUUGUUACGCUGAGCACCCAAACACCUGAUGUUCCCAGUGGUAAUGUUUUCGCGACCAAGACAAAAUAUCUUUUCACAUGGGCUGCUGGUAACCAGACGCGCUUCCUGAUGACCUGUACAAUUGAAUGGUCGGGCAAGAGUUGGCUGAAGGGUCCCAUUGAGAAGGGCGCGAUUGAUGGGCAAACGACCUUUGGUAAUGAUCUUGUCAAGGCCCUUCAGGUUGGAGUUGUCCCGCGUGGGCGUGCUAAUGGCGCCGGACGAGGCAAAGGCAAGCGCAAGAAGGGCGAUGCCGUAGCGCGGGAAUCAACUGCAGCUGCCUCAUUGAAGGUUGCUGUAGAAGCCAACACGUCAAAAGGAGAAUCAUGGGGACUAUUUGAACCGGCCCGCCCCUUCCUGGAACCCUUCACCAGCAUGCUCACUCCUCUUUGGAGUGGCAACUUCGCCAUCUUGGUUAUUUGCAUCUUAUUCUACCUCGCAUUCUUCCGUUCCUCGUCAUCUCCGUCGAUGCAUGCCCAUGAAUUUGGCUGCCCCGGACACGGUUUGCCUCAGAGGCUAGCUGCUUACGAGGAAAUGUGGCGACGGGAGGAAACCGAGCUCUGGAACUGGCUGGAGGAUCGAGUCGGUAUGGACGGCAUGGUCUUUCCAAAUGUUUACCGAUCACCCGAGCUACAUCCAAGUCACAGGUCGUUUCGAGCUAGUGCCGCAGACGAGCGUGAGCUCGCUGCACGGCUCCGGGAAGAGAAGGUCUCAAAUCGUGAGAUGGACCAUGCCAUCCGUACCACACGCGAACGUCUCGAGGUUCUCGAAGAGAUGAUGGGCAAACGCAAAGCCCAAUGGGCAACUGAGGACGCAGCCAAAACUGAAUUGUGA